GUACUGACUUAUCCGUUGUCUCUGACACCAUGAGCAUAGAGAGUGAUCAAAGGUCCAUUAGCACAGAUGAUUUGUCUUUGGAUGAAGCAGACCAACUGCAAGUGGAAUAUGAGGUGGCUAAAGCUGAGUUGGGGGAGGCUAAAGGGCGCAUUCUGCAGCUUGAGGAAACCCUUCUUGGCAAGGAAUCAUUGGUUCAACAGCUCCAGAUGGAAGUCACUGAGUUUAAGCAAAACUCAAAAGGCAUGGUUGAAGAAGAAUUUUCCAGUCAAAAGGAAGCUGAAUAUAAAGCUGUUAUUGAACAGUAUAAUUCAAAGAUUUAUGAAUUUCAGCAAGCUAUUGCACAAAGAGAUGAAAUAAUCCAGCAACUGUCGGUCAACCUGCAAUCCACUAUUCAAAGCCGUGAUAGUCUGCAAGCUGAGGCCGGUCAGCUGUCCAGUCAAAUACGUGCUCUCCAGCAGCAGCUCCAAAAUGUAGGAGAAACUAUUAAAGUUCAGAAUGGGGAACAAAGUGCUUCUGCCCAUGACAUGUCUGAAGCCCAAAUGCAGGUAAUCUCGUUGCAAGAGACUGUCAGCCAGAAAGAAACCCUAUUACAGGAUCUAGCUAAUAAAUAUGCAAAGAAAAAUGAAGAGUUAGCUGAGGUCAAAGAAGAAAGAGACCACAUCAAACAAAGAUCUGAUGAGGAAGUCUCAGACUUGAACAAGCGGUUACAGCGGGCUGAGAAAGCAAUUACAGGGUCCCCAGCAGACAUCAGUGAACAAGUGGCUGCACUACAUGCUGAACUAGAUGAGACAUAUGGGCAACAAAUUGUUAUGAUUAAGUCACAGCUGCAAGAGAGACAUCAGAAUGAGAUGCAAGAAUUGCAGAAGAGAUGCAAUGAUCUCGCAAGUAAUCUGGAGGAUGCUGUGGACAGUAAUUUAAUAAUAGAACAAUUAGAACAACAAGUAAAAGAACUCCAGGAUCAAUUAGAUAAUAAAAAAUUGGAUCUGGAGGCUCUUGAAAAUAUUCAAAAGGAUUUUGAAGAUCAAAUUGUAGAGCUCAAUAACCAGAAUAAAGAACUCUUGGACAGGAGUGAAAAGCUGGAGGAUGCUGUGGACAGUAAUUUAAUAAAAGAACAAUUAGAGCAACAAGUAAAAGAACUCCAGGAUCAAUUAGAAAAUAAACAAUUGGAUAUAGAGGCUCUUGAAAAUACUCAACAGGGUUUUGAAGAUCAGAUUGUAGAGCUCAAUAGCCAGAAUAAAGAACUCUUGGACAAGAGUGAAAAGGAAGUUUGCAAUAGGACAUCACAACUCGGGCAAAAACUUGAAGAAGCUAACACAACAAUACAACAAUUAAAAACUGAACUAGAAAAACAAGCACAGAAAAUUAAUGAAGAAAAAGAGAGAUUGGAAAAGGAAUUUGAUAGAAGAUUUGAGGAUGAGUGUGCUCACCAAAAUGAUAUUCAUCUGAUUGCAUUAAAGCAACAACGUAGUGAGGUUGCUGCAGAAUAUGAUCGUAAAAUGAAAACAAAAGUGGAAGAACUUGAAGAACACUUCAAAAUGCAAAUUUUAACUUCAAAGUCUGACAAGGAGAAGGAGUUUGUCCAGGAACUGCAGAAUGUACGACAGCAGUUGGCAGAGACACAUGCAGAGGAAAUAGAAGCUGUUAAAAAGAAAAUCACAGAUGAACUGAAUGAGAAGCACAAGAUUGUACUUGAGGAGGAAACUCAGAAACUUCUGAAAAGGCUUAAUGAUAGCAAAAUAUUAGAUGAAAAUCAGGCAUCAUCAUUGAAAAAUCAAAACAAAGAUUGGAUUGAAAAUCAAGGGAAAGAUUGGCAGAAAGCUGAACAGUCCCCAGAUUGGGCUGCAAAGCAACAACGAGAAAUGGAAGAUUUAUUAGAAGCUAGAGAUGCUUUGAUGCUGCAACUGGAGGAUGCUCAUCGCCAGAUAGAAAAUUUACAGUCAGAAUUGGUGUCUGUGAUGGAUGAAAAAGAAAUGAAAGAUGACGAUGACAAUGAAAUUGAAACUCCAGAAAUUAUAGGAUUGGAUCAGGAAAAUAUUAUAUCUCUUAGUGGCUUCUUUAAUAGUGAACAAAAUUCUGAACAUUGUAAAGAAGAAAAUACUGAAAUGAUUUAUGAUGAGACAAAUAAUAAAUUAAAAUUGUUAAAUGAUGAAUUGCAAAUGUUAAGAGAAAAAAAUGACCAACUAGUUGAGAAGAAAACAGCACUAGAGGAACAGAUUAACGACAUCCAAUUUGAGCUUCAAAAAGUGAAAGAGGAAUGUGAAACUCUUCAAAAAACAAAUGAACAUUUAAAAGAAGAAGUUGGUUCUUUAAGCAGUGAAAUACAGCCACUGAAGGAGGAAAAUGACCACCUAAAAACUGAAAGUUUUAAACUCGAAGACCAGUUGCAUACAUUGAAUAAUGAGUUAAUAAUCGCAAAGAAUGAACAUGAAAGCUCAAAAAAGGAUCUUCUUGACAAGGUUGAUUGUCUAAUUCAAACUACAGAAGAAAAUGCAAAAGAAAAUAAUGAAAUGAAAGAAAGUAGAGAUGAACUUUUAAAGGAAAUUGAGACCCUUAAAGCUAACUUUAAUGAUAGUAAAAUAGUAAUUCCUACAAAUGAAGAACUAGUGGAAAGCUCUGUUAAUCCAGAUCAGCAAAAUGUUGUUGAUGCUUCUGUUAUGACUUUCUCUGAUGAAGACAUUGCGAAUGAAAGAGAACAAUUAUUAAAAGACAAAGAAAAAUUGCAGCAUGAUCUGGAAACAAGGGAGAAAGAAUUUGAAGCAAAAAUGAUGUCUUUAGAAAAUUCAUCACAGGCACUUUCAGACAAAGUAUCUAAUCUUAAAGAAGAGCAGAAUGAUUUAUUACAACAGAUAAAAGCAAAGGAUGUUGAAAUUGAACAGUUAACUGAUGUGAGAGAGGCACAAGCCUUAAGAAUGUCUAAAUUUCAUGAUGAACUGGAUGACUACAAAGAAAAAAUUGAUACACUUUCAAAAGAAAAACUUAAGGAGAUGGAAGAAUAUUCUAAUAAAAAGAAAGAUUAUGAAAAUGAUAUUUCUUAUCUUCAGGAACAAUUGAAGAAUUUGAAAUCUGACAUGGAACAGUUAGAACAGCAAAAAUCUGAAAUUCAAUCUAAUUUUAUGGAACAACUUGAGGAAAAGAACAAUAAUUGUGUAAGUUUACAAUCUCAGUUUGAAGAAAUGAGGAAUGAAAGGAACCAAGUUGAAUCAGAAUUGGAAGAAAAGUUACAUAUACUUGAAAUUCAAAAGGAAGAAAUGAACAAAAGUAUGUCAGAGCAAUUUGAAAACUUGGCAUUUACAUGCAAAGAAUUGGAAGACAAGCUUGAAGUUGAGAAGCAGCAGUAUGAAUCCAAAUUAGAAAUGUACCAGUCUGGAGGUAUAGAUGAUAAUGGUAGAAAAUCUCCUGAAAUGUCUGCUGCAGAAAAACAGAAUGCAAUCUUGAGAAACACCCUCCAGCAGCAAGGGGAUGAACAAGUGUCUGUUGCUUCUGAACUGGUACAACUAAAACAGGAUUAUCAAAUGUUAAAGACCAAUUUUGGGAUCAAGGAAGCGGAGGCAGAGGCUGUCAGAGAACAGUUGGACAUUGCUGAAAAGGAAAGAAAACAUGCUGUCAAAGAGUGGGAAAUUGUUGAAAAUGAAGUCAGUUUUCUGAAAAAGCAACUUGAUGAGAAAUUAAGAAAUGUUAAAAUACUUGAGGAAGAAAAUUCUGAAUUGAAUGAGCAGUUAAAGUUGCAGAAUGUUGCAGAGAAGGAUCUGAAGAUGGAAAGAGAUCAACUUCUGGAAUUGAUGAAAGAAGAAGAGACCAAAACAAGCACACAUGAUGAUAGAUUGUUGCUCUUAGAAAAGAACAAUGACAGUUUGCUAAAUCAAGUUGAAAAUCUAAAGAAGGACUUGAAAGAAACUGAAGACAUUUAUCAAAAGGAGAAUGCUUUAUUGAAGGAAGCACUAGAAAUGGAGAAAGAAAUAAAUAAAAACCAUGACACAUUGCAUCAGGAAGUUUCCAAUCUUAAAGACAAAUUGGCAAAGAAGGAGCAAAAUGAGUAUGAAAUACUAACUGAGAAGAAUAAGCAGAUAAGUAUUUUACAAGAAAGCAGAGGACAAUUGGAAGAAGCAAAUGAAGAACUUUCAAAGGAACUUCGAAGUCUGAAGCAAGAAAAGAAUAUAUCUGAUGUUGUGACAACAGAUGUUCAAGAGGUUUUUGGCCAACAGAUUCUUGAUCUUCAGCAACAGCAGGCAUCAUUGAUAGACCAGCUUGAAGAUCAAAAACUUCAGCGAGGAAAUGUCUCUCAAGUUCUUGAUGAUCAACUUGUCCGAGAGGAAGCCCUUAAAAGGGAAAAGGAUAUGCUUCUAGAAAAGCUUUCAGAGAAGGAGGCUAUAGAAGAUCAGUUGCUCAGAGAGCGAUUACAACUUCAAAGACAGAUUCAUGAACAACAACAAUUAGAGGACCUCUUAAGUGAGAAGGACUUACUUGAACAGGAGCUUUCAAAGCAGAAACGUUCACUGGAAUGCGAGCUCCGAGAAAUUGAAGGAAAACUACAUGAAAGAGAAGAUGACCUACUUUCUGAGAAAUUGCAAUUGGAAAAAGAACUGAAAAACAAGGAUCUCCAACUUCGGCGUUGGGAAGUUGAUUUAAAGGAGAGACAGCUUGAGUUCAGAAAUCAACAGAAUAAAAUGCAGGAACGUCAUCAGAAUGAGGUUUCAUCUCUCAAGACUGACUUGCAUCAGCAGAAUCUGCAGCGGUUAGAGAAGAUGCGUUCUGAUGUGGAGAGGCAUCAUGCUGAAGCCAUCAACAGACUUAAGAUGGAUAUGGAUGAAGAAUACAAUGCCAGAGAGAGGAAGAUCUCAGACCAGCACCUGGCUGAUAUAUCUUUAUUGAAGAUCAAACAUCAAUCUCAGUUGGAAGAAUUGAAAUUAUCAUAUGAUGAUCAGAUUUCAUGUUUGAAGAAGGAGUUUGAGACGGAGAAAAAGAAGCAGGUAGCAACAGUAAAAGCAGUUCACGAGCGGGAACGUGAUCGAGAGCUAGAUGAAUGGGAGACAGAACAUGAAGUUGCUAUGCAGCACUUGCGAGACCAACUUGACUCCUAUCACCAAGUGAUCUUCGAUGAGGCUAAGCAGAAGAUGGAGGCUGCCUUUGAGAUAGAGAAAGAGGAAAUUGAAAGCAUUCAUCAGAACACUAUUAAAAUGGAAUUAGAGAAGAUAUCUGCAUCAUUGGAAGGAAAACACCAGAACAAAGUAGAUAUGAUGCAAGCCGAGAACGAGCGUGCCCAAGCAACAGCUAUUGCCGAGGUCACACAGCAGCUCAAAGAUGCCCAUAAAGUGGCCAUAGCAACGUUAGACAAGGAGUGGCAAGAUAAAUUGGAUGCUCUAGAAAUGGAACACGAGUCUGAAUUACUGGACAAUAUUGGUAAAGUGGAAGCCUCUUCAGGCCACCUUGUUGACUUGCUUCAACGUCGUCUCAGCAAUGAACACAAACAGAACAUUGAGACUUUGGCACAGGAGUGGGAUGAAAAGUAUAUCAAUCAACUAGAGAAGUUACGUCAGGAAACAGAAGAGAAGUACAGGAGAACACUACAAGAGACUGAAGUUGAUUUCACAGAACAACUUCAAGCAAAGGAAGAUCAAUAUCAAUGUGACAUCAGUUUGCUUAUAAAGGAACGAGAGCUUCUGGUGGAACAAGCAGAAGCUGGAAGAAGGAAUCUUCAAGCAGUUCACCAGGAACAGAUGGAAGAUUUAAAGUCCAUGUUGCAAACCGAGUAUGAAAAGUCGGAAUCACUUCAAGCCAAAGCAAAGAUGGAAGACAAAGCAAAACUUGAGGACAACAAUCAAAUGAAAGAGGCCCAUGAUGUAGCUGUCCAAGAAAAAGAAAACAUUCUGAGAAAGUUGCAUGAACUAAAGGAAGAGCUGGAGAAGCAAAGAGUUAUUGCAAAAGAUGACCUCAAUGAACUUCAGAACAAGAUGACAAAAAUACAUCAGAAAGAACUGAUGGAUGUGAAGGAAAAAUAUCAGAAGCAAUUUGAAGAGAACAAAUCUGCAUGGCUAAAAGAAAACGAACAAAGGAAAGGCACUUGGAAUGAACCAGCAGAAAACUAUAGAAUUCCUGCCCAGAAGCGUAACUACACGUCCAUGAUGACUCUUGUUCAUCUCUCAGACAGUGAAGAAGAUGAGGCUGCACCUCCAGCCCCACGGACUUCACCUCCAAAAUUCACUCAAAUUGAAGCUGAAAUGAAGGAACAAGUGAUGGAAAAGUUGCGGGAGGAGUUCAAGGAGAAAAUGGAUACCAUGAAGGAUGAUAUGGAAAAGGAACACCAGAAAGAACUGGUUCAGCAACAAAUUCAGAUGGACUUGAAAUAUGAUGCGGAUUUAAAUAGUGCUAAGAAUAUGCUCAACUCCAAGAGAGACAAAAUGAAACAUGAUCUUGAACAGGAGCGUGAUGAAGCAUUAGAAAACCUGCGCCAUCAGCUUCAAGAUAAUCACCAAAAGCAAUUGGUGAAACUACGUCUUGAGUCAGCAGCAGAGACAGCAAGACAAGUUGAAGAAGUAACUAAACAGGUUCAAGAUGAAAUGAAGAAAGAGAAUGCAUCAAAUCUAAAGACAAUUCUUGAAGAAAAAGACCAUGAACACAAACUAGAAGUAGAACAACUCCGUGAAGACUUAGAACAUGAAUUCCAAACUGAACUCGGAGGCCAACAAACUGAGUUUGAACUUCAGAAGAAAGUCGAAGUUAGAAAAACAAUCGCAGACUGUGAAUCCAAACACUCUAAAGAACUAGAUGAAGUCAAAAAACAAUAUGAAGAGAAUCUAAAUCAAAUAAGAAAUGAAGCAAAAGAGAGUAUAAUUGAAAACACAGCUGCCAUGCUAACCGAAUUAGCUAUUGAGCAUGCUCAGAAAAUGGAGAGAUUUGAGCAGCUUGUCAACAGCAAAGAAAAAGAGGAUGAGGAUUGGCAGAAGGUUGUUCAAGGUAUGCAAGAAAGACAUGAUGUAGAAAUUGCUACAAUGAAGCAACAAAUGGAAGAAAUGUCAAAUACUGAAGGUUUAUUGGAAGAGAUUGAAAAAAUAAAAAAAGAAGUGAAGGAGAAAACAGCUGAGCUUAAUGACUUCAGGAUGAGUGUAGAGCAAGGAACUGCUCCUGAGAUACAGGUGAUGAAAGAAGCAAUUGAUGAUCACUAUGAUAACAAACUGGAAGUACUUAAGACAACAAUGGAAGAGGAACUCCUUGAGUUGACAAGAACAAUGCAGGAGCAACAAGUGAAAGAAUCGGAAGAGUUCCAGAAUGUAUUAGCUGUCAAUCACCAACACAUGAUUGACAAAUUUGUUGAUGAGCAAAAGGUAGCCAUCGAAGAAAAGAAGAAAGAACAUGAAAAUGAAUUGGAAGAGCUUAAAGAACAAACUAAAUAUGAGACUAAAAUUAGGAUAGAUGCUUUAGAGAAGGAGACAGAACAAAAGUAUGUGGAAGAAAAAAGGGAGUUACAAGAAGAGUAUGAUGGAAAGAUAAACAAAAUAAAAGAGGAACAUGCCAGCGAAUUGGCAUCCAUUGAACAAGAGUUUGCUGAGAAAUUAAAAGAAGAGAAAGAGAGGCUCGAACAAAAAAUGGAACAACAAUUAGCUAAUGUUAAAGAUAUUGAUGAUGCUCUAGAGUUAAUGAAGGCUAGACAUGCUGAGGAAUUAAUUGAAACAGAGAACAGAGUCAAAGAUGAAUUGAUUUUAUCACACAUGGAAAAGUUUCGUGCUGUAACAGACCAGUUAGAGGAGGAACAUAAAAAUGAAUUAGAAACUGUACGGAAAGAAGUCAGGGAGGAAACUGAAAAAGAUUUUAUGAACAAAUUCGAAGAAACUUUAGCUUUGCACCAAGAAGAGUUAAAUACACAGCAGGAGACUUCUAAAAAGGAGCGGGAAGAGAUGAGAAGAGAAUAUGAAGAUAAACUUGUAGCUAUGUCAAUGGAAUCAGAUGAAAAUAUUGAACGCUUCAAACUUGAUCUAGAGGAAGCUCAUAGUCAUGACCUUAAAGAACUCCAAGAAAAGCUAGCCAGUGAAAAAGUUGGUGAUGUUGAAAGGCUUGAAAAGCAGCAGAGUGAAGAGAUGGAAAACAUAAAAGAGGAAAAUAGAUUGUUAGUUGAACGCUUAAAGAAGGAUUAUGAUCAGAGAAUGCUGGAACUGGCGGAGGAAUUAAGGAAUAGGCAUGAGGAGGAGAAAGAAGAUGCUCUUUCAAGACUGGAGGAAGAACAUCAGAAGGAGAAAGGAGAAUUGGAUGUUCAUGUUAAAGAAACAGAAGCAAAAUGGCGGCUGGAACUUCAACAGAAAGUGAAAGAACUGAAUGAAAAUCAUUCUCAGGACAUCAUUGUUAUUGGUGAAGAAAUUGAGAAACUUCGUGAGGAAAAUAACACACUUCUGAAAAAAGCAAAACAAUAUGACACGCUGAUCAACAGACGAGAACGUGAAAACGAAGAAAGUGACAAUCUAUUGGCCAUGCUUAGAACUGACCUAAACAGGAUCAAUGGCGAGAGAGAUAACAUUCAGCAGGCCAAUGACCAUCUUCUGCGAGUCCUCAGCCAAUCUAUCCAGGUCACUAUGGCAACAGAAGAGACAAUUAAUCGUCAACUUGCUAAACUACUGGCUUCCACUGAGGAGAAGAUGCCAGGCAGUUUUAAGCAAGAAGAAGAGGAGGGAAGAGGUGCAGAAGGUAGAAGAGGUGCAGAAGGUAGAUCAGCAGCAGAGGGAGAGGAUUCAAGGCUAGGUGCUGUUGGAGGUGCACCGUUGUCUCCUACUGGAGGCCGCCACCAUCUAGAAUCUCCCGACGGCAUGCAGGACACCAGCAUAGGUUCAAUCUACAGUGAUGAAGGCCUAGAGCUUUCACAGCAGCUGGCUGAGAGCAUCUUUGCUGGGCCAGACUUGGAUGCUGAGGGUGAAGAGCUUGUAUUGGGUGCUAAUGGCCGUCUGCAGUCGGCUGUGGAGAAGCUGCUGGAAAUGAUGGCAGCGACCACCCAGCAGCUUCAUCAGGCACGAAGCAUGCAGACUGAACUGCUAGAUGCAACUAUGAGCAGCCAAGAUGAACUGAGCCAGCUGAGAGAUCGCCAACAGCAACUGCUGCAGCAGGUGAAAGAGGAAGUUGAAGAAAAGGAAAGAGUCAGCAGAGAGCUAGAUAGCAAACAAGGUUUGUUAGAUGGAUAUACUGAUGAGCUAAGCAAAGUACAGGCCAGUCAAAAUCCACAAUUACAGACAUUGUUAAUAAGGACAGCUGAACUUGAGAAAGAGCGGGACCAAAUCAGAGAAGAGAAGAAAAUACUUGAAGAGCAACAAAAGGCAUUGGGGGAGGAAGAUAUGGGAUUGAUAGAAGAGAAUUCCAGACUGCGGCAGGAAAAGCUGUGGCAGGAGCAGCAGGCCCAAAAGGACCGGAUGUCCACGGAACAGCAGUUGCAUUCAAUGGAGUCUCAGCUUGUAGAACAGAUAAACAAGACAGACAGCUUAGCAGAGGAGAAGAAAGCAAUGAAAGAAGAGUUUGAAAAACAACUUGCUGCUUUACAAAAACAACAAAGAUCAGAUAAACAGUUCCUUGGGGCGCAAGCAAAUGAAAGGGAACUAGAGAGAGAGGAGUUUCAGAAAGAGAUUCGUCGUUUAGAAAAUGAGUUAAAGAACCGAGGCGACAAGGCUCCUAGUAAUGAACACCUGGUAAAAGAGUUGCAAGACCUUCGUGAUGAGAUUGGAGACAAAGUUGAAUUGCAGCAGGCCACCGAAGAGAGAAUCCAGCAAUUGGAGAAUGACCUUUGCUGGAAACAAGAAACAUCUCAGGAACUUGCGAGCCAACUGCGAGAGCUGGAGCAGAAACUUGACCAACAAAAACAAACUGAACAGGAGAAUAAACAACAGGAGGAAGAGAUGAAGAAGGAACUCGAGAAACUGAGACAGGUGGAAGACGAGUUGACAAAUGACAAAGAUGUUCUCCAGCAGCAGUUGCAAGAUAGUCUGAUAAAGCUGUCGCGGUUGCAAUCCCAAUUGGAGGUAAUCAAACAUGAGAAUCUGGCGCCGUCUCAGGUUGAUAGUCAACCGGCAGUCUCAUUGGCUGAACAGUUAUCCACAGAGAGAGAAGCUAGUGAGAGGAAACAAAAAGAAAUUGAUGAAUUGGUAGAACAACUUGAGCAGUUCCGCGAUGAAAUCGUUAAUAAGGAUGAGGAAAUUGAGCAACUUACGUUGCAGCUUGAGGUAGUUAAAAAAGAACAGGCUGCACAGUUGAAUGAGUUAAAGCAGGCAGAAGAGAACAGGAGAAAGGAUGGUGAUGGAAAUGAAUCAAUGCCCGAGUUUGCUCAGCAACUUAUUGACGAAAAGAACUUGGAAAUUGACCAUCUAACGGAACAAUUUACACAAGCCCAGGAUCAUAUCCAAUUCCUGAAGGAGAAGGUUGACCAGCAGGAGUUGGAGCUUUCGAAGCAGAAUACAUUUGAUACAUCACCAGCUCACGUGGAAGAGGUCCUGGUGACAAGUAGUAGAGAUACUGCUCUUGGGCAUCCACCUGUAGGGGCAGAAGCACCAGGUCCUGCUGAAAAAGAUUAUGCUGAACAGCUGGGGAACAUAAAGGCUGAGUUUGAGGAGAUGUUACAGGAGCGUGAUAAAGAAAUAAGCAAACUGCACGAAGCAUUAUGCAAUGAGAAGAACCGAGAUCUACUCGCUGACCCGACAGUUCUGAAGGUUUUGGAGCAACAGGAGCGAGAUAAUGACAUGAUAAAGAAACAGCUUGACAAUGAGCUGGAGUCCUUGCGUGAUCUACUGGGAGUGCGGGAGCAUGAGGUCAGUCAGCUGGAGAUGCAGCUGGCUCGUCUGCAAGGGGUCUCCAGAUCUAGCAGUGAAGAUCUCGAUAACCUCAGAGACCAGAUCAAUGGACUUCAACAAGAUAUUGACAGCAAAGAUAUGAAGAUCCUACAGCUAAAGCUACAAGUAGAUGAACUUGAGGAGGCCAUCUUACAGCGCCAACAAGAGCUUAGCCAUGCCGCUGUCGAUCAACUUCAAGAGCUUCAAAAUCAACAUCACGAGGAGCUUGUCGCUAUGGAGGCCAAGCACAAGAUGGAGUUGGCUGCAUUAAGGGAGGCCUGUGAUGCACAAGGUGAACGUGUACGGCAGCUUGAAUCGGAUUACGAUAGGCGAUUAACCAGUUUACAGGGACUGUCUCCUGGAAAAACACUACAGCAGAAAUUGGAUGAAAUUAGACGAGAACUGACUCUGCAGCACCAGGAUCACAUACAUGACAUUCAGACUAACAUGGAACGAGAUGCGACAGUGCGCAUCAACCAACUGAAGGCUGAACACAACCAGCAGAUAGAUGAGCUGAGAUGCAAACACAAACGGGAGCUAGAGCAAGCAAUUUUGCAGGUCAACCGAGAUCUGAUGUCUGCUCAUUCGGAAGAAAUCGAAAGACUACGAAGGGAGUAUCAAGAGCAGAUGAGACAACUCACUUCGUCGCCCAUCAGUCCCCAAACCAGUACAGAACUAGGUCAGAAAUUGAAGGUAGAGGUAGAUACUAUGGAGCGACUAGAUCGUGACUUGCUAGGUCAUCUACGAUCCCGACAAGACGGUGUUGGCAAAGACAGCGAGUCUACCGAGUCGGGCAUCGUUGACAGCAGUUCCGACAUUCCAAUCCGACUACAGUCGCUGCUGAAUCGUGUCCAUAGUGAAGGAUUACAAGUUCUCACCAUGUCUGAUCUACGAUACUUGCGUCAGCAUACAUCUCCGCGAAGAAAUGUACAGAAUGGAGCAGAUAUUGCAUCGUUACAAGAGUCGUGGGAGAACGAAAAGCAAGCAUUACUUGAUGCCAUUCAAGCAUUGAAAGACCUUAUUUCACAAACUACUGGACAAUGGUCCUCAAGAUCAUAUGAGGUAGAUUGGCGAGGGGAAUUGUUAAAAGCAAUUUUGUACGUUUUUGACAAGGAACGCGAGACAUUAUUGGCUGAGCUUCGAACACACGUAGUAGCCAGCGGUGAUAAAGAUCUUUCUGAUGUACAGAUGUUAGAAAGACGAAUACGAGAUCAAGAGUCUCACCACCGUUCUGCCUUGGAUCAAAUAUACAGUGCCGACCGCACAUCCCUUCUAGCGGAGAUUCAAGAUGUACAUGAACAAAACACUACCUUGAAAUUAGAGCUGCAAGAACAACGACAAAAGCUUAUCUCGCAACUGAGUAACAUGGAAGAACAGACCACAAACCGAGAACGCCAUCUGAAGCGCCAAGCAGAAACCAUGGAGUUUAAAAUAAAACAGGAACAGAACUUAAAUGCCGAGCUGAAAAAGAAAUUAACGGAAGACCAAAACAGACUUAGUCAAAUGUCACUCUCCUCUAGCAGGAGUCAAAGUGAUGUGAUAAUGUUAAAGAAUGAAGUUGCAGAUGAAAAAAUGAAGGUGGACCAAUUGAAGGAUAACUGUGAAAGAUUGGAGGAAAAAGUGCAAGAAAUUACAAAUGUUGCUGAAUCUGCCUUAUGUGCUUUGGAGAACGAGAAAUCUAGAAAUGUUGGACUUCAAGAAUCUUUGCAACGUGAGCAGGAGACCAGGAAGAGGCUGCAGCAUGCCUUAGAUGAAGAGCACGAAAUGACCAGCGAUGCCAUUCAACGAGAACAAGACAUUAUAAAGAAUUUUCGCAAAGAUCUUGAACAAGAACGAGGGAAUCUGGCUAAUACCAGUAGCUUGCUUGAGCAGGAGAAAGUGAAAUCAGAAGGGUUGAGGCAAGAAUUGGAGCUAGAGAGAAAGAAAACGUCAACAAAGCUAGGGUCGCAGAAGGGCAAAGUAUCAGAUCUGCAGGGAUUGUUGGAUGUAGAGAAGGCGCGGUCGCAUGACCUUAGUCUGGCUGUUCAGCGUUUCCAAGCUUUGAAUGCCAAACUUCAGGAAUCCAUGGAAGAAGAGCGCAGUAUGUUUACGGACACAUCGAUUGAGGAUAAAAAGGCUCUUAAUGAAUUGCACAUGCAGCUUAGCUCGGAAAAAGCUAGGUCAUUAGACUUAAAAGGUGCUAUUCAAAGGCUUCAAAACACCCUAUCCUCUGUGGAAGAAGAGUUAGAAUCUGAGAGGAAUAGGGGCCUAGAAAAUGUGAACAGAGAAAAAUCAGUUAUUAAACAAUUGAAGCAAAAUUUGGAUACAAUUACAGCUCAGAAUGCGAGUUUAUCAAACCAAAUAGAGAAGGAACGCAAGUGUACGCUACAAAUGCAACAGGAACGUGAUAAAAUCCAAGCAAGUCUACUGUCCCAACAGGAAAGAGAAAGGGAGAAGGAAUUCCAGAGGGAGAAAGAAAGAGAAGCAGAAAAAUUGAGAGAAUCUGAACGAAGACGUGAACGAGAGAUGGAACAGAGAAAACAGCAUGACAUUGAGAUGGAAAAGCAGAUAACCUCACAAACGUUACGGACCUUAGAGCAGGAGAACGAGGAUCUUCACGAGGAGCUAAAGCAACAAGAGGCUCAGAAGAAAUCCAUAGAAGAAGACAGUAAACGAAUGAAACAAUCUGUAUCACGCAACAUAAACGUGACAGACUGGGAUAUGCAGGAAGCUUAUGAAAUGGAGAUGAAUAAAGGCAUCAGUGGUCGUCACUCAGACAACCAACAAUCACGCUUGGAACUACAUAAGGUACAACUGGAGACUAUUAGACAGAGGUUGCAGCUUCUUGCUGUUAAGCAGAUGGAAAGCUUACAGGCUUUGCAGAGCUCAGCCCAGUGGUCACCGGACCUGGAGGAGGAUCUUCUAGGCCUGAAGAGGUCAUUGUCCGAGUCUCAGGCUGAACUACAACAAGUUCAUGCUGCUUUGGCUCUCCAGUCUGAGGGUGAGCCUUUGUUGAGUUCUCCAACAACAUUUCGUCUCAAUGAACGGAUUCUGCAUCAGAAUGCCAAUCUCAGCAAUUUUGUGGCCAGGUUAAGUGAAGAGAAAACCGAACUUCGAAUGUCUCUAAAUAAAUUAGAACAGGAGAUAUGGAAAUCUAGAAAUAGGCAGGAUAUGAUUGAUCGUCAAAGUCGCCAAGAAGUAGAGGAACAAAUUGCAAAUGAAAGAUCAGCUCUCGCUCAAGAAUGGUAUGCAAUACGAGAAGCCAAAUCUGAUGUAGCAAGAAUGAAAAGCGAGUCACAAUCUAGCAUCAGAUCAACAGAAUAUCAGCAAGCCAAGUUGCAACGUCUUUAUGGCAAAUACUUGCGAGCCGAAAGUUUUCGUAAAGCUCUGACAUACCAAAAGAAGUAUCUGCUGCUACUGCUGGGUGGAUUCCAGGAUUGUGAGCAAGCUACAUUAGCACUCAUUGCUAAGAUGGGUGCCUUCCCUUCACCAGAUGAUGUCCAGCGAAGGUCACGCCACAGUCGUGCAUAUAUGAGAUUUAGAAGUGCAGUCAGGGUAGUCAUUGCAGUUCAGAGAUUAAAAUUCCUUGUAAAGAAAUGGAAGCGUGCAACCAAGGUUGGUUCUCCAGUAAUGACUGGUACCACAUCCAGUUCAUAUGGUUCAGGUUCCAGAUCCAGUCCACGUAGUAGCUUUAGAACCCAUGGGGAUGCAUCAUCACCUUACAGAAGUGGUGACUAUGCCUCUCCAGUACGGAGGUCUCUUGAUCGAGAUUUUACAGAAGCAUCACCACCCGUCAGGGAAGCAAGUGAAAAAAGUGUUUACUCUUUACCAAGACACCCUAUAGGUGAUUCAGCACCUCCAUCAAGCCUGUUGUAUUCUGCAGCUGGUGAUCCAGAAACAUCACUGACAAAUUACAUCCGACGGCUGGAAACCCUUCAAGAUAGACUGGAAGUUAGGCAAGAGGCAACAGGUGGUUUACCCAGCUCUCCUCUAUACACUUUUCCAAGCAGUAGGUAACAAAGGUACUGAUGCACAGGCUACAAAUUUCAACCCAAAAUAGGAGAUUUACAGGCAGAUUUCUGCCACCAGAACACAAAAUUACUGUACAGAAGAAGAUCACAAGAGAUUAAUUAGUUGAUAACAAAGAUAAGUUAAAUAUACCAGAGAUCAAAUGCAAUCAAAUUAUAAAUUAUUGUGUGAAAACUAACCUAACUGAUACCUUAUUCUCAAAAGAAAUGGUUAAAGAGUGUUGGUUGAAUUAAUGGUGAUUAUAAAUUUAUAGAUGUUCAUAUUAAUGCAUCCAUCAAAUCAACGACAAACAAAAUCAAGUAGAGUAAAGUUUUGAUCAGUAAAAUACACUUUUAGCAUUUGACUGUAAACAUGUAAUUAUUCUUCAGUGAUUGUAAGAUAAAAUGUAUUAUUUAUAUAUGUAUAUAAUGAUGAUGUUUGUUAAAUUUUACCUAUAGGUAUUCAUAUCAGACACAAUGGUGUAUUGUUUUUCAAUAUAUGGAAUGAUUGGUUUUAUUUUGCUGUCGUAAGCCAGGGACACACUGUGCCGGACGGUUGUCGGCCGACGCGAUUCUAGGGAAAAUGGAAUGCCAUGAUACGCUCACAACAGAUUAUUUGUAAUGAUGAUUUGUUCAGACUGCAACCGGCUAUCAGUAGACGGUGUUGCGUCGUUUAGCGCUAACAGGUAGUGGAGUUGGAUUCGUCUUAAGGUGGUCGUAUGGCGCAGUGUGUGCUCGGCUUUAAAGUGGGUGUGGUAGUAUUUCUUCGCAUAUUGUGUUUAUAUUUGUCAGCAUUUUAUAUCAUUUUAAUUCAUAAUAAUUUUUAUUAAUUGCGGUAUUGGAGGAUACAAUCAUUGUAAUCACAAUGAUGAAUCUCUAUAACUGCAUAAUACAUAGUGGUUAUGUGUUUUUGCAUAAUUGUUUGUUGUACUUUUUUGUGAUAUUUGAUUUGUGAGUUUUAAUUAUUAGGCCUUCAAUAAUCUUGGUACACUAUUUAUAAACCUUUGAAAUCUUUUAAAUACAGAAAAAGCAGGUUAAAUCAGCUUCCUGCUUGUCAUGCAGUAGAAAUACAAACUUGAUAUUUGAUCUAGGCACGCACUUAUUCAAAUUUUCCAUUUAUUACGGUACUUGAAAACCAUAACUGUAAAACAUAAUAGUCUGAAUCCAUGGCAUGCUGCAAUAUCCUCUGAUUUACUUAUGUGUUCUACUCUGUAAUUCUACAGAGUGAUUAGCAGACAUAGUUUUGACUUCAGACUACAAAUACUACACACAAGUAUACUAAUGCCUUCAGUGUUUAAUCAUAGAUGUAAUUGAACACUUUCUAACUCAAUAAAACUAUUCAACCUCUCGCAAGUAAGGCGCUACAUCACAGUGGUGCUUAGUUAUGUAGGUUGUAUUUAUUUUAAAUUUUUCAAAUUUUGCUCCUAGGACAACAGGCCUAUUUUUCCAGUUAACAGUUGGUGCAUAACAAAGGUAUAGUGAUUAUGAAUUUGUGUUUUAGGUAUGUGUUCAUCUGCUGUAUGAUUAGUAAAAAUGUACAAAUAUGUAAGUGUUUGAAAUAUUGAUAUCAAAACAAUACAGUACUGUUUUUUGCCAAUUUGCCAAUAAAUCCUUUACAAAUUUAAA